AUGGAUUGCCCCAGGCAGACCCCAGAUGAAACAGAGGAGGAAGAGGAGGUACAGACAGUGAGGCCGGAGCCCAGCAGCAGCAGCACCAGUAGCACCACCACCAGUAUCUCCAGCAGCAGCAGCACCACCAUCAGCAGUAGCACCAGCAGCACCACCACUACCAGUAGCAGUAUCUGCACCAGUAUCACCAGCACCAGCAUCUCCAGUAGCGGCAGCAGCACCAGCACCACCAGCAGUAUCUGCAGUAGCAGCAUCUCCACCAGUAGCAGCAUCUCCAGUAGCAGCAGUAGCAGCAGCAGUAUCUCCAGCAGCAGUAGCAGCACCACCACCAGUAGCAGUAUCUGCAGCAGUAUCUCCAGUAGCAGCAGCAGUAUCUCCAGCAGCAGCAAGAGUAGCAGCAUCUCCAGUAACAGCAGCAGCACCAGCAGUAUCUCCAGCACCACCAGUAUCUCCAUCACAAGUACCAGCAGCACCAGCACCACCAGUAUCUCCAGCAGUAGCUCCAGUAGCAGCACCAGCAGUAUCUCCACCAGCAGUAUCUGCAGCAGCAGCACCACCACCACCAGUAGCAGCAUCUCCAGCAGCACAAGCAGCAGCAGCAGCACCACCACCACCAGUAGCAGCAUCUCCAGCAGCACCAGCAUCUCCAGCAGCACAAGCAGCAGCAGCAGCACCACCACCACCACCACCAGUAGCAGCAGCAUCUCCAGCAGCAGCAGCAGCAGUAUCUGCAGCAGUAUCUCCAGCACCAGCACCAGCAUCUACAGCAGCAGUAGCAGCAGUAUCUCCAGCACCACCAGUAUCUCCAUCACAAGUAUCAGCAGCACCAGCACCACCAGUAUCUCCAGCAGCAGCAGCAGUAUCUCCACCAGCAGUAUCUGCAGCAGCAGCAUCUCCAGCAGCACAAGCAGCAGCAGCAGCAGCACCACCACCAGUAGCAGCAUCUCCAGCACCAGCAUCUCCAGCAGCACAAGCAGCAGCAGCAGCACCACCACCACCAGUAGUAGCAUCUCCAGCAGCACAAGAAGCAGCAGCAGCAGCACCACUAGCAGCAGCAUCUCCAGCAGCACAAGCAGCAGCAGCACCACCACCACCAGUAGCAGCAUCUCCAGCAGCACAAGCAGCAGCAGCACCACCACCACCAGUAGCAGCAUCUCCAGCAGCACAAGCAGCAGCAGCAGCACCACCACCACCAGUAGCAGCAGCAAGAGCACCACCACAAGAGAACAAGCAGAGAUGCGAGGCCUUGGGGCACAAGACGGCCGAGCCGGGGUGAGAAUGGAUUGCCCCAGGCAGACCCCAGAUGAAACAGAGGAGGUACAGACAGUGAGGCCGGAGCCCAGGCAUUGGGCGGAGAACAGCCUGGUGUGUGCGACCUAG